UUCAAAGAAACUCUUUUUCAUGUCCAACCACCACAAUCCUAAAACACCGACUUUUGUCAACAAGUAAUUAACCUUAUUAUUUUCUCUCUCUCUCUCUCUUACCCAACUUUCUAAUGCAAUGCUUUGUUUCAUUUCAAUGGAGAUCAGAAACAGAGCUUAUAUCCGUUAAUUGAAUCAUACACAUAUGGAAAAAUUACACCUUUUUACAUUUUCAUUCUUACUUUUUAUUGUUUUGUCUCUUGCCCUCCUCACUUUUGUUUUUUGCUUCUUUGCUGAAUUCAAGAAGUCUAAGGGUAAAGAUGUGAAAAUAGAUGGGAAAUUAUGCGAAAUACCUGAAAGUGAAGCAUUUUUGUUUGGUCUUACAGCAUUAAUUUGUUUAUCAGCUGCCCAGAUGAUUGGAAAUUCUAUCUUUUUCUUUGGGAAUUGCCCAAAUUCCAAUUCAAAGGAAAGAACAUCAUGUUGCCAACUUAAGAUGCCCACUAUUUCUUACAUACUUUUAAUUAUUUCUUGGAUCAACUUUGGUACUUGUAUAAUAUUGAUAAGCACAGGCACAAGUAUGAACAACAGGCAGCCUUAUGGAAAAGGGUGGCUUGAAGGAGAGUGUUAUCUUGUAAAAGAUGGAGUCUUUGUUGGUGCAUCUAUUUUGGCCUUUGUUUCAUUUGGAUGCACUUUUGCAUCGGCACUCAUAACACUAAGGAAACGAUACCAAGUUGUACAUGAUGAAAAGCCCAACAAAUCUACAUCAUAAAUUAUUAUACGAAACAGUCUAAUUGCAAGAUGUGCUCCAUAAUGAAUUUAAUGGUUUAACUAAAUAUGAGAGUAUUAACUCUUUAUUUCAAGUGAAACGGGCAAACAGCUUCUCACAAGCACAGUUAAAUCUACAUUCCCUACAGGAAUCAUGUAACAGUAAAGCUAACUUAGCUUAAUCACAUUUUUAUAGUUUUUAUUUGAGUAUAUGACAAUUUUUUUACCAUCGAAUUUUAUUGUAUUUUUUCAAGUGUAAAGUUUAGAAUAAAAUCAUAAGAAGUGAGUAUUUCAAUUUGGUUUUGUA